AUGGCCAAAGCCAAGACCGAAUCCGAUUUGCGAGCAGCUCUUACCAAAGACAAGGAUCUGCGCAAGCUACCUUGGUAUAAAAUCGAUUUCGCAGAGGUGCCCGAACCUUCGAAGACCAUUCUGGGGAAGUAUAGCAAGGUCCCACCGGAUCAAAUGCUGCAGCAUGUGAAGGAUGUGCUACCCUAUCCUUGUAUCGGUUUAUUCGGGUUCCUGGACAUGAGCAUUCCCCAGUUACCAAUCUACCCUGAGAUUCUCCAGCGAUUAAAAUCAGGCCAGAAGCUUCUGGAUGUGGGCUGUGCUAUUGGCCAAGAGCUACGGCAUCUGGUCUACGAUGGCGUCCCAUCUGAAAACAUCUUUGCCUCUGACCUCCACGAGAAAUUCUACGAAAUAGGGUACGAACUCUUUGCAGACCGUGAAACCCUCAAAUCCGAAUUCAUCGCAGCGGACAUUUUCGACGAAAACUCUGAUCUCGUGAGAAACCUCACGGGUAAACUGGAUAUCGUCAACGCUGCCUCGUUCUUCCACCUGUUCAAUUGGGAUCAGCAAGUUAUUGCCGCCAAACGCAUUGUCAGCCUGCUUCGUGCGCAACCUGGAUCACUUCUCAUUGGGCGCCAGGUCGGAUGUUUUGAUCCCGUUGAUCCUGAUGUUAUAAAUAAGGCAUCGGAGCAUUAUUGCCAUAAUUUGGAGACGUGGAAGAGGCUUUGGUUACAGGUGCAGGUAGAGACAGCAACGGAGUGGGAGGUUGACGGGGGGUUGGAUGGCUGGGCUGCGACUAGUGGUAAGAUUAUCGGUUUCCAUGGGAGUAAUCCCAUUAGAUUUUGGUUUGUUGUGAGGCGGGUUUAG